CAUGACCCCUUGGAUAGAGGCGUUUAUUUCCAAGCAGAAUGUCAGCUUCCAACAUCAGUGAUGACAGUCUCCCAGGCACACUCAUCCUGACGGGCAUCCCAGGGCUGGAGUGGGCCCAUGUCUGGAUCGCCAUCCCCUUCUGCGCCAUGUAUCUGGUAGCACUGGCUGGGAAUGCUGCCCUCAUCUUGGUCAUUGUGACAGACAGUGCUCUUCAUGCACCCAUGUACCUCUUCCUGUGCCUUCUCUCACUCACCGAUCUGGCUCUCAGCUCCACCACGGUGCCCAAGAUGCUGUCCACUUUAUGGCUGCAUGCUGGAGAGAUUUCCUUUGGUGGAUGCCUGGCCCAAAUGUUUUGUGUCCAUUCUAUCUAUGCUCUGGAGUCCUCAGUUCUUCUAGCCAUGGCCUUUGAUCGCUAUGUGGCAAUCUGCAACCCACUGAGAUACACAACCAUUCUCAACCAUACAGUCAUAGGCAAAAUUGGCCUUGCUGGGCUGUGCCGUAGUGUGGCCAUUGUGUCCCCGUUCAUCUUCUUGUUGAGGCGACUGCCUUACUGUGGUCACCAUGUCAUGGCCCACACAUACUGUGAGCACAUGGGCAUCGCUCGCCUGGCCUGUGCCAACAUCACUGUCAAUAUUGUCUAUGGGCUGACUGUAGCCCUGCUGGCCAUGGGUCUGGAUGCCAUCCUCAUUGCCAUUUCCUACGGCUUUAUCCUCCAUGCUGUCUUCCGCCUUCCAUCUCAAGAUGCCAGGCACAAGGCUCUGAGUACCUGUGGCUCCCACCUGGGGGUCAUCCUGGUCUUCUACAUUCCUGCCUUCUUCUCCUUCCUCACCCACCGCUUUGGCCAGCACCGAGUCCCCAAGAAUGUGCACAUUUUUCUGGCCAACCUGUAUGUGCUGGUGCCUCCUGUGCUCAACCCGAUCAUCUAUGGGGCUAGGACCAAGGAGAUUCGGAGCCGACUUCUGAGGCUGCUUCACUUGGGGAAAAUUUCAACAUGA